AUGCCCAAUCACUUUGAUAGUAUAAUAUGCAUUUUUGGAGAUGAGGAAGAAGUUGAUAAAUGUUGCCAAGACUUCGAAGCUUCCAAAAUUAAAUGGGAUCAUGAAGAUCAAUUAUGUUUUUGUCAAUUCAUUGAUCCACUGCCAUCAAUUGUAAUUUAUACAGAUGGAGAAAGACAUUUAAAAGAGAAAAGAUUGCUCACCGAUGAAGAAAAAAAGAUAGUUGGCGAAUAUCUUGAUUAUCCAUCAAAAUAUUGGGAUGUUGAAUGUUUAUGUCAGGAAGGGCAUUUAGUAAGGCAUAAUAAAAAUAUGGCGAUUUACUCAUGUUGGACACCCAAUGUACCAAUUGCAAGAAGAAUUUUUAACAUUUUUCACAUGAAAUAUCCUAAAUUAAAUAUAAGCUUCGAAGGAGUUGCCGAAUUUUGCCCUGAAACCUAUGUUAAAUUUCUUAUAAAAGCAGAUUCUCCAGUAAUGACCAUCGAAGAAAUAAAUCAAAGACAUGAAGAAGAGCGGCGACGUAAAAUUGAAGAAAUUUUAAGGAUGCUUAACUACCCUUUUUUUCCCCUUGCAACAAAUUGA